GUAAAGAAAUGCCAGAUGAGUACAUACAAAAAAUUACAAAUAUUUUUGAAUCUGCUAAUGCUGUAAUCACGGCCGCUAAUAAUGCUAAUGCAAACACUUUUGUUGAUGCUCAAAAAUGUGAUAUCUUAAAAUCUAAAAUGAGAGAUAAAUUUUCUCUAGUAUUAGCAAAUGAUCCCUAUACAGGUGGUAAUCCUACUAUUAAUUCACCUACUAUAUUUACAGUUUGA